ACUUAAUUGGCUGUUCCUUUUUACCUUCUCUCUCUCUUUCUCUCUUUCUCCCAAUUGCAACCAAAUUCAUCGGUGAAAUAAAAAGUGCAAAAAGGCAAGACACAUUUAGACACACAUUUCACAUUUGGGCUUCUCAAUUAUUGGCACACUUCGUAUUGGCCAUCUGAAAGAGAGCAACGGACUGCCGUCAAUUGUCUAAACUGUUGAGAGUUAAUCGCUGCACCAAAUUACCUUCAAGCGUCACUCCCACUUAACAGUCGUCGCAUCACUUUGACCCUUUGCCAGUUAGUUAUUCCACUGAGAGUACCCUGCCACUAACUAACUAAGGAACUAACCGGCACUACCCCUUACAGACCAGACCACCCACUCCUGACAUCCACACAUCCAGAGUGAGCUUACAGCCAGCCCCCCUCAUUAUCCCACCUGUUUGGGUUAUUUGUUAGUCGAAUUGAUUUGCAGUUACAUUAUUUCAACCCCUUCCUCUUGCCUCUCAAUUUUUGGAGACAUUCUACUGGCAUCAUUGGCGACUGAGAAGUCGUUUUCCUCAUUCACAACUCAUCCAUUCUGUGAUCGCCUUUAUCGCCCCAACUGCAGAGGUUGACUGAGUAAAAGUACCUUAUUAGUAAAUAAUCUAGUGGCGAAACUGGUUAGUGAAACUGGUUAGUGAUCGAGUGAGUGGUGAUAUAGUGAGAGACUGCAGUGAGAGUGAUGGCCAUCUACCUGGAGAAGGUGAUUGAGGCGCUGAGCAAUGGGACGAGGAACUUCACCCGCCACACCUUCCUCAUCUCCGCCCUCACCCUCAUCUGUCUCACUGUGCUGCAGGGGUGGAUAGUGGCUCUGCCCUGGGAGACUGACAACGGCUCCCUCAUCGGAGUCAGUGUCGGACUGUCAGAGGUCGGAUGUCUCAUAGGGGCCACUAUCCUGUCUAUCUUCCCCAGCCACAGACGGAGGGUGCACUGUGUGCUGUUUGCGAUCGGAGUGGUCGGCUGUCUGCUCGGAAUAUUCGCCAUCACCCAGUCAGUUCACACGCCCCUCCUCCUCAUCUCAUUCACACUCAUCGGGACUGCGACUAGUAUCCAGCCGAUCACAGUGAUAGUGCCGGUGCAGGACGAGAUGCAGACGGCGGUGAAUGCGAAUGCGUACUCCAUGUGCAGACAGCUGUCCUACGCCACCACCCUCCUGUUCGCCCUCCUCUACGACACGUUCGGCUGGAACUUCAUGUGCUGCCUCACAAUACUCCUCUUCCUCCUCGCCGGCUGGGUCACGUGGCUGGUGGAGAAAGAGGGCGCCGACAAACUCCUCCUAGUCGCCACAAACCCCACCUCCUUCAAGCACUCCUUCCACAUCCUACCCAAGUUCGUCUGGGUCAUCCUGCUCGCCUUCUCCGCCUCCGGAUUCACAGAGGGCAUCAACAACUCCAUGUCUGUGCUGGUGCUGAAGGACAUCUGGGAGGCGGAGAGUGUGGAGGCGUUCCUGAGGAGUAUGCUGAGUCCCCUGAUAGCAGUCGUCAUCUACCCCUUCAUCGCCUGUUUCCUCACUUACAGGAAACAGUUCCUGCUGGCCAUGUUCCUCCUCGGCACCUUCAUCUCCCUCUAUCCGCUGAUGCCCAACGCACUCCUAGGAUUCCUCAUGCUCAUCUUCUGGAACAUAGGCAAGACAUGCAUGCACUCCUCCGUCUACUCCGUCAUCCGGGAGGCCACUGACGACGGCUCGAUCAUAGCCAGAUUGGUGGCCCUGGAACAGUGGACAUGCACGCUCUUCUAUGGCUUCGCGGGGGCCAUAGGGGGACCACUGUUCGGGGUGGGCUACUGGGUCCCCUUCGUGUUUGCUGGAAUCAUCCAGAUCAUGCUCCUAGUGGCCAGUUUCAUGGCCUUCGUCUACCACGACUCCAGCAGUCCAGAGUCCUUCUGGUUCAGUGCCAGAAAUGCCCUCAACAAACCCAUUCCCAAAUCAGAGAGCCAGUCCUACCUGGUCUUGGAAUGACCACCUAGAACUUCACUGGCGAAACAAAUCACAAGCAGGCCCACACAAUCAUCGCUCUGAAAGAAAUUCAACUGGCAUUUAGUUCGAAUACGAAAUAUUUAAAUCACUUGCGAUUUACAAAUGACUAUUUCCUAACAUAGACUAAGGAUUUCAGAAAAUUGUGGCAGCGUUAAGCCCAGGUUUAAUAUCUUAACCAUUUAAUUUUAAAAACCUGACGAUUUCAA